AUGGAGUCUGAAGAUGAACCGGACACUGAGACCACCUGGAUGGCACAGGCACGUGUUGGGACGAUAGAAUCCACUAAUGUCCAACAAGACGGCAGACAAGAAGUGGCAGCUAGUUCAUGGGUGUGGAAGACAAGGAGGUGCUGUAAAGAGUGGUUCCUUCAGUCAAAAGCUCUAAAACAUGAGACAUCUCACCACGGAAAAUUUCCUUCUGAACAGUGUCCCAGUGAGUGGAUAGGAUACAAAAACAAAUGCUAUUUCAUCUCAGAGGAGGAAAAAAACUGGACAUCUAGUCAGAUCUUCUGCACUAAGAAUGAAUCCUUGCUAGUCAUUUUUGAAAACCAGGAAGAAAUGCAUUCUUUAGCUAAGCGUUUGCAAAUAGAAGACUCCUGGAUUGGAUUGCACAAGAAAGGUGAAAGCUUCUACUGGGAAAAUGGUGUUGCCUUGAAGGUGGACUCGUUCCAGAUACGGAAUCACUCUGAGUGUGCCUACUUGGAUGACUUCACUAUUUCUACAUCAGCAUGCUCUUUGCCCAGGCGCUGGAUCUGUGUCCGACCCCCUAAAACAAUGACUUAG